AUGGGUAUUUUUUGUUCUAAAGGAGAGCGUGUAAGCCGGUUAGAUAGGAAUGAUGUGUAUAGCAUAUGUCGCAAUCAACAACCUGAAAUAGUGCUUUCUCGGAAUAAUGGACGAACACGAAUCAGAGAAUCGAGAUCAAUAAUUACAUCUAAUCGCCGUGAAUACCAUUCUAAUCUACGACACCGAUCGCCUAUCAAAAAAAAUGUUCUAGAACCAAAAUAUGGAGAGUAUAAAUGUAAAAAAUGUGGCCGAUUCUGGACUAGCAGACUUUGUUGGCCUGAUAAAUAUCAAUUUUGCAAGAAAUGUAAGAAGCCCGUGUACCCUUAUACUCAUAGAGACCUACAGCCUUCUGAUGUUACUCACAAAGAGGACCAUCCAGUCCACGAAAAAGAGCUCUGCCAAAUGUGCCAGCAACUGGGUUACUCUUGUAUAACGUUAAAAAGAAAUGCCAAUCGAAAA